AUGGGUCUCCUCGCCAAUGUCGCCGGCCCCUUGGGCAACUUCACCUCCACCUCGUCGCUUCCCGUCCUCGUCGCCGCCGGCUUCGCCUCCUUUAUCCUGCUGGCCGUCGUUCUCAAUGUCUUGAAGCAGCUGCUGCUCAAGAACCCCAAUGAGCCGCCCCUCGUGUUCCACUGGCUGCCUGUGAUUGGCAGUACCGUCACAUAUGGCAUGGACCCGUAUGCGUUCUUCUUCGCCAACCAGAAGAAGUAUGGCAAUGUCUUCACCUUUAUCCUCCUCGGCCGCAAGAUGACUGUGUGCCUCGACACCACCGGCAACAACUUCAUCCUCAACGGAAAGAUCAAGGACGUUAACGCCGAGGAGAUCUACUCCCCGCUCUGCACACCGGUCUUUGGCAAGGAUGUCGUGUACGACUGCCCCAACUCGAAGCUCAUGGAGCAGAAAAAGUUCGUCAAGUUCGGUCUCACCCAAGACGCCCUCCGCUCCUACGUUACCCUCAUCACACAAGAAUGCGAAGACUUCGUCAAGCGCCACAAGGCUUUCAAGGGACAGAAGGGCACUUUUGACGUCCCCAAGGUCAUGGCCGAACUCACCAUCUACACCGCCUCUCGUUCGCUCCAGGGCCAGGAAAUCCGCAACUCGUUCGACUCCAAGUUCGCUGAGCUAUACCACGACCUCGACAUGGGCUUCUCACCCAUCAACUUCAUGCUGUCUUGGGCCCCGCUUCCCCACAACCGCGCACGCGACAACGCGCGUGAGACGAUGAUCAAACUAUACUCUGAGGUCGUUCGCAAGAGGAGAUCGGGUGAGGUCAAGAAGGACUCUCCCGACAUGAUCUGGCAUCUUAUGGACUGCAAGUACAAGGACGGCACACCGGUACCCGAGCACGAGAUUGCCGGAAUUAUGAUUGCGCUGCUGAUGGCUGGUCAACAUUCGUCCUCAUCAACCAUCUCCUGGAUCAUACUCCGAUUGGCACAAAAUCCCCACCUGGUCGAGGAGCUCCUUGCUGAGCAGAAGUCGGCUCUUGGUGAGGACCUCCCACCGCUAACCUACGAAGACCUCCAGAAGCUACCCCUCCACACUCAGGUCGUCAAGGAGACCCUCCGUAUCCACGCCCCGAUCCACUCUAUCAUGCGCAAGGUCAAGCAACCUCUUGUCGUCGAUGGAACAAACUACGUUGUACCCACCUCCCACACGCUUAUGUCCUCGCCUGGUUUCUCCGCUCAGCUCGACACCCACUUUGUCAACCCCUCCGUCUGGGACCCGCAUCGCUGGGACGCCGAGCACCAGCAAUACGACGAGGAGCGUGACGACGCCGACCAGGAGAAGAUUGACUACGGCUGGGGUGUUGUUUCCAAGGGAACAAACUCUCCCUACCUACCCUUUGGCGCUGGAAGGCACCGAUGCAUCGGCGAGCAAUUUGCUUACCUCCAACUGCAGACCAUUCUCGUAGCAUUCGUGCGCGAGUUCAAGCUCAGGAAUGUGGGCGGCAGCAAGGACAUUGUCAACACCGACUACUCGAGUUUGUUCUCCAGGCCGUUGGCUCCCGGUGUUGUAGAGUGGGAGAAGAGAGAGAAGGAGUUGUAG